CGGUCGCUGUUCUGCUGGGGGAGCGGGCGCGGGAACCGGCGCGGGGUAGGGGGCGGAGCUGUAGUCCCGGCGGCGGAAGGAGGAGAGGAAGAAAGGGGCGAGCCUGUGUGCCCAGCGGCGGCGCAAAGCUGUGAGCUCGGUGCGCGGGCGGCUCUGGCCAGGCGCUUCGCUUUGAGUCGGUCAGUGACGGCGUUGAGCUCUCUCUGGAGCCGCCGCCGCCGCCGCUGCUGCUGUUCUACGGCUUCUGCCGCUGUCGCCGCCGCUGCCGUGGGGCUCGGGCGGCGACAGAGCGGGGCGGGCGGGGAGGGAGGAGGCGGUGAAGGCGGCGGGCCGGGGGGGAAGAUGCCGCUGGCGCAGCUGGCGGACCCGUGGCAGAAGAUGGCUGUGGAGAGCCCGUCCGACAGCGCUGAGAAUGGACAGCAAAUUAUGGAUGAACCUAUGGGAGAGGAGGAGAUUAAUCCACAAACUGAAGAAGGCAGCAUCAAAGAAAUUGCAAUCACACAUCAUGUAAAGGAAGGACAUGAAAAAGCAGAUCCUUCCCAGUUUGAACUUUUGAAAGUAUUAGGGCAGGGAUCAUUUGGAAAGGUUUUCUUAGUUAAAAAAAUCUCAGGCUCUGAUGCUAGACAGCUUUAUGCCAUGAAGGUAUUGAAGAAGGCUACACUGAAAGUUCGAGACCGUGUUCGGACAAAAAUGGAGCGUGAUAUCUUGGUAGAAGUUAACCAUCCUUUUAUUGUCAAAUUGCAUUAUGCUUUUCAAACUGAAGGGAAACUGUAUCUUAUUUUGGAUUUUCUCAGGGGAGGAGAUUUGUUUACACGCUUAUCCAAAGAGGUGAUGUUCACAGAAGAAGAUGUCAAAUUCUACUUGGCUGAACUUGCACUUGCUUUAGACCAUCUACAUAGCCUGGGAAUAAUUUAUAGAGACUUAAAACCAGAAAACAUUCUUCUUGAUGAAGAAGGUCAUAUCAAGUUAACAGAUUUUGGCCUAAGUAAAGAGUCUAUUGACCAUGAAAAGAAGGCAUAUUCUUUUUGUGGAACUGUGGAAUAUAUGGCUCCAGAAGUAGUUAAUCGUAGAGGUCAUACUCAGAGCGCUGACUGGUGGUCUUUUGGUGUGUUAAUGUUUGAAAUGCUCACUGGUACACUACCUUUCCAAGGAAAAGAUCGAAAAGAAACAAUGACUAUGAUUCUUAAAGCCAAACUUGGGAUGCCACAGUUUUUGAGUCCUGAAGCCCAGAGUCUUUUGCGAAUGCUUUUCAAGAGAAACCCUGCAAACAGAUUAGGUGCAGGACCAGAUGGAGUUGAAGAAAUUAAAAGACAUUUAUUUUUUUCAACAAUAGACUGGAAUAAACUGUACAGAAGAGAAAUUCACCCACCUUUUAAACCUGCAACUGGCAGGCCCGAAGAUACAUUUUAUUUUGAUCCUGAGUUUACUGCAAAAACUCCCAAAGAUUCACCAGGCAUUCCACCUAGUGCUAAUGCACAUCAGCUUUUCCGAGGGUUUAGUUUUGUUGCUAUUACCUCAGAUGAUGAAAGCCAAGCUAUGCAGACAGUUGGUGUACAUUCAAUUGUUCAGCAAUUGCACAGGAACAGUAUUCAGUUUACUGAUGGAUAUGAAGUAAAAGAAGAUAUUGGAGUUGGCUCAUACUCUGUUUGCAAGAGAUGUAUACAUAAAGCUACAAACAUGGAGUUUGCAGUGAAGAUUAUUGAUAAAAGCAAGAGAGAUCCAACAGAAGAAAUUGAAAUCCUUCUUCGUUAUGGACAGCAUCCAAACAUUAUUACUCUAAAGGAUGUAUAUGAUGAUGGGAAAUAUGUGUAUGUAGUAACAGAACUUAUGAAAGGAGGUGAAUUGCUGGACAAAAUUCUUAGACAGAAAUUUUUCUCUGAACGAGAGGCCAGUGCUGUCCUGUUUACUAUAACCAAAACUGUUGAAUAUCUUCAUGCACAAGGGGUGGUUCACAGAGAUUUGAAACCUAGCAACAUUCUUUAUGUCGAUGAAUCUGGUAAUCCAGAGUCUAUUCGAAUUUGUGACUUUGGGUUUGCAAAACAGCUGAGAGCAGAAAAUGGUCUUCUCAUGACUCCUUGUUACACUGCAAAUUUUGUUGCACCAGAGGUUUUAAAACGACAAGGCUAUGAUGCUGCUUGUGAUAUAUGGAGUCUUGGUGUCCUCCUGUAUACAAUGCUCACCGGUUACACUCCCUUUGCAAAUGGUCCUGAUGAUACACCAGAGGAAAUACUGGCACGGAUAGGGAGUGGGAAAUUCUCACUCAGUGGCGGUUACUGGAAUUCAGUUUCAGAUACAGCAAAAGACCUGGUGUCAAAGAUGCUUCAUGUAGACCCUCAUCAAAGACUGACUGCUGCUCUUGUGCUCAGACAUCCUUGGAUUGUCCACUGGGACCAACUACCACAAUACCAAUUAAACAGACAGGAUGCUCCACAUCUAGUAAAGGGUGCCAUGGCAGCUACAUAUUCUGCUUUAAACCGUAAUCAGUCACCAGUUUUGGAACCAGUAGGCCGCUCUACUCUUGCUCAGCGGAGAGGUAUUAAAAAAAUCACCUCAACAGCCCUGUGAAGUAACCUCAGUGAGAUAUUUGGUACCAUGAUGUAAGCUGAUAGCACAAGUUCUGGCGACAGGUAGCACAUAUCUGAGAGACACCUGCAAGCACACACUGUCCCAGCUGGUACCCAUAAUGCUGCUGCUCCUGCUGCUGCUCCUGCUUUCGUCUCUUCUCGCUUUAAAUGAUUGUUAGCAAGUUAGAUUUUCCUGGAGCUUCGGAUGAAAUGAAUAUGGAAACAUGAUGGAGAUAUAAUCACUGAAUCAACUAGAAAAAUAAUGAACAUAUGAAUACCACCUAAAAUACACUGAAUAAAGUACUCUUCACCAUAUAGCAUUAUUUUUAUAGGAAAUAUUUCAUGUCCCUUAAAUAUUCUUUGUUAGUUAUAGGGAUGGACAGUUUAUGUUAAGCACUUAGCUUAAACAGUCCAUUUAUAUUAGCACUGUAUCCCUUGUGCCAUCCAACAUUUUGUAUGUUUUUGUAAACAGUUCAUAUACAGUACAUUUCUGUACUGCUUUCUUUAAUGUAUACAUGCCUUGUUUAACUUGGAAUCUAUUAUUAAUCAAUGACUAUUAAAUCUGGUUAACUAGUUCACUUGGAUUAACAGUAUUGUUGGACAACCCUAAACAUGGCCAGAUUGUGGAACAGCUGUUGAAUGUAAUAUUUCAAAAUGUAUAUAUCUUUCCCUGUGUCUGUUUCACUGGUUUGUUCAUUUGUUUGUUUCUUAAAAUCAGGUGUUCUGUCAGACUAACUUAGAGAGCUCUUAUGGUAUAGAAAGUUGUCGUAUGUGUGUGGCAUGAAAUCAAGAAUACACCUGUGAAGUGAUUCCAUCUACUUUGCAACUCCUUCUGGUCCUUUUUUCCUUAAUUAGGGAAAUACCCUUGCACUUUUAAUUUUAUAUAGUAUCCAUACUUAAUAUUCGGCUUUUCCUUUGGGAUUUCACCAAUAUAAAUCAAAGACCUUUAAAAAUCAUCGUCAAGAGAUUGGUGAAGGGAAAUUUACAACUAUUGAAAAUUCCUAUUGAAAAUUUUAUGUUUAAAUAGAUAUUCUAUAUUAAACACUAAUUUGAAUGUAAUAAAGGCCACAGGCCUCUAUAUGAAGUUGGAUUUAAAUUUUCUUAUGGUAGGGAAUAAAACAUUCUUGAUAAAACAGUUAUCUUUUCUAACCUGAAAUUAUAGCCAAGGUAGGCCAAGUGAAUGUUCCGUAUUUACUGUUUUCUGAAUCCCUCCUGAUUUAGAGCCAUAUAUUUCCCUUGACUGCAGAGAUGAUCAUUUUUCAUAAUUGCCCCUGGAUCUGUUGCAGCAUUCAUUAUUUACAUACAAUUUGUUAUUUUCCACAAUUUUAUAUCAUUUGAAAAAAUAAAUUUCUGUACCCAUUAGUACCCCUAAAUUUGCCAGGCUAUUUAGCACGUAUCAACAUGUAAUGUGAAAAACAUAUGGGCAAAGAGUGUCCAAAUAGAUAUGUACUCAGGUAUUACACGUCAGAAAUCUUCUCCUGCCAGAAGCUUUAACCCUUCCCCUAAGCAUACCAAGCCAAAUGUUAUGGAAGCCACUGUGUCAUUCCUUAAUUUUUCCUUUAUGCUAUUAAAGAGAAAAUCCAUGAUAUUCCUUUGCCCAAGUAACACAAAAUGGUUAUUGCAUAGAAAUCAAAUGUAAUUCUAUCUCAAAUACAGGAAAAGUGAAUAGGAGAAAGGACAUCCGAAGAUCUAGCAAAAAGUUUUUAAAGUGCUUGAUUACAUGAAUGCUAACUAGUAAAAGCUGUUUUCCAUUGCCAGAAAAGAGAGCUUUUUGUCUUUUCCUCCUCUGUGUUUCAAACCAUAGUAAUCCCAAAUUCUUGUCACUUUUUAAACAUUAAUAUAACUCUGAGCAGAAAAUAGAUAUAUUUUGAGACUUUGCCAGGUAUGCUAUUCCAUAAUUGCUUAGCUGUAUUGUCCACCAGUCUUUUAGAACUAUAAGUAAACACUUAACUUCCUGUAAAUUUCCCCAAAUUUCCCAUAUUGUAUGUAAAGAAGCUGAGACUGAAAUUGAAUCCCCAACUUCUUCCCAUUAAGUUCCUUUUUCCUCAUUACACCAUUGCUGCCUUUCCUUCAUAUCACCACCUGACUGUAGCUGAAUUCAAAAAACCUUAGAUUUCUUGGGGCAGUUAUCUACUGUCUUAUGAUGCCAAGUUUAUUUCUUUUCAGAAUAAUUGCCUUCUUUGUCUAGUCAAGCUGCCGUUUUUAAUGGAGAAAAGCAAGUUGUAUUCACAAAACUGAAGGCCUUCUGCCUAAAAAGCAGCUUGUGAACAUAAAUGAUUCUAGCAGCAGUUUUGGUGUUUGCCUUUGGGAAGUCAUGGUCAGCAAUGUGCCCUAAGUAUAGUGUUUGUGUUGGAUUACCCACUCCAUCAAUUACCCAAAUUGCAAUUCUUGCAGGCCUCUAUACUUGUGGUAUUGAAGCGCCUGAAGUCUUUUGCCCUUCACCAGUUGCUGCCAGUUUCUGGGACUUCUCCCAGGAGUUGUCAGUCCAGUCUUAAAGAUACUUCACUGUGAAAGAAGGAACUAAACCAUCAGGACUCUUUUACACUCUUUUCUCUUAGUUUAUAAUACAGUUUAAUACGCAAAAUGAUAGGAUUGUAUUUGACAUUGCUGAAUGCAUGACCAUGUGUUUUGUAUCUUUCUUUUCGGGUGAUGAUACUAAGGUAAGUUUUUUUCUAUCUUUUUAUUUUCACUUUUUGUGAAUUCUUUCAGCUCCCUCUGGUUUAUAAAGAUACUAAGUUCAUUAGACCCUUGACUUUAACAGAUUUGUGGCAUGGAUGUGUUUAUUCACAAGCAAACUCUGCAGUAUAAAGAUAUAAUCAUUUUGCAAGGCCUGAAGUUGAGAUGCCAUGAGGAUGGAGUGUGGGAAGAGUCACUUGUGCAUGUUUGGAGGGCAAAUAGAGAUUGUGCAUGUCAGUUUCCACAUAAUGUGCAGCACACUCCAAAGAACAACUUCAGAUCAACCAUUUCUCAUCUUUAAAAGUGACUUGUUGGGGACAGAGAACAUCAAGGAAAAUGGGCAUAUAGCUAGCUGUGCCUUGUACUGUCUCUCUAGGAGAACUUUGAACAGAGGGUGGUGAAUGCAAAGGCUUCGAGAGAAGGCAGAACAUUGGGUAGGAAAGGAAGUAGGGUAGGCCUUGCCUGGGAUAAAAAAUUGGCAGAACAGCAUUCAAGAUUUGGAAGCUUUGGUGUAGAUGUGCCUACUUAAUAUGGAAAGCCAACAACACGUAUCCUAACAUGUUUUAAUAGCCUCUACUCCUUGCCCUUUAUAAUUGACCUACAAUUUUUCGACUUGCUUUACUAUAUUCUACAAGUCAAUUAUAUCUUAUGGUAGUGUUGUCCAUGUGAGACUUAGAAAGGUAUUAGAUAGCUCAGGAAUAUAAAGGGUCAGAAAAGAUCUUUGUCUAUGAUUCAAAAAUAUAGAUUCCUUGGCUGAAUCUUGGUGCUUAAACCAGGAGGUUCCAGUCUAGUCCCAGAGAUCUGUCCCUCUGUAAGGUCUGAUGCCCUGGGACUAAACUGGAUAUAUGCUUUCAGCCUUAUUUAAUUCACAGAGAAGUUGACUUAAUUUUUUUAUUUCAACUAAUGAAAACAGUCCUCUCUUCAGCGCCAGGUUGCUUACAUUUUGCCAGUCUCCCCAAGUGGCCAUUGGUGGAGACCAAUUAAUGAAGGAAUGAAUUCACUUUCUUGAGACUGUGGUAUUCUACAAAGCCACACUUAACCACUUUUUCCAGUGAAGAAUCUACACAAUGAUAAUACCCAGAUACGGAUGGCCAAGAAGAGUUUGUAUCUACAGUGUGCUUUGUGUAUUUUUGACACUGCUGUAUUGUGUGUUCAAGUGACUUGUAACUGGUUCCAAUGUGACUGAAUUGUUCUCAAGUAAUGCUAGUAACUAAGUCAAUUGGGGGGGGGUAUUUUUUUAAGUCUGAUAUUAUUAUCGGUCUCAAAUUUACCACUUUGAUUCCAGUCUUGUAACUGUUUAUAAUGGGGCAUACCAAGGGUUGGGAUGAGAGCUUACUUCCUACCUCUUAAGGCACUUUCCUCAUUGUUUUGCCAUAUAACCUUGAACUGCAUGAUAAGCUGUUUAAAUGUCCAAGACUUAUCCCAGAGCAACUAGCAAAGUAUAUGACAUUUUGAAUAGAGAUUAGUGGAAAGGAAAAUUUAGAGAUUUAAGUCCACAGGUGCAAGCCUCGAGAAAUUGUCUUUAGAGCACAUGCCAUUUGAGUACAGUAUAUGUAAUGUAUAUGAAGAGAGCCACUAUAAUAGUCCUCUCUAAGUAGAUUAGUUCAAUAUCUAAUAGAAAUGAACAUCUUUACUCCUAUUAUUGCUGUAGAACUGAAUGAACUGUAUACUGGGGUUUUCCACAAGUAUUUAAAAUAAAACUUAAAUACAAGGCAAGGGCAUAAGGAUAAGAGAGUUUGGUUUGUGUUCUUGUAGGUGUAGUUUACCAUCUAAAGCUUUGUGUUUUUUUUUUAACUUAAAAGGCUUCAGUGUAUUGCCAUUCAUUAGCAUCCUUAAUAAUCAUGGGUGAUGACUUGUAACUCUUAAAAUUAUAUACACGUAUUAGUUUAUCUUAAUUCUUGCCCUAAAUAAAAGGGAAGAUAUACACCUAAGGGAUGUAAUUAUUUUGCAUUUUUGGCCAUGGGUGGGAAUGGGGUGGGUGUCUACUUAAGCAGUUUUUAAAAAAAUCACAAAUAUUUUUCUACUAUUAUAUAUGAUCUUACUUUAUACUAGUGUCUCUCUAGUAAGGCAUGCCAGAAGCCCAAGGUACCAUAUCACAAGUUCUGUAUUGUACCUUCUGUUGGUGGUUAAAUCGCAUCAGAUGCUUGGCACUGCCGCCGUAAUUAUGAAAUGCUUGUAAAGGAUCAAAUAUCACUGAAUACUUUCAAUUGUUUCACUUAAGAGUCUAAUCUGGGAAGUUUGCAAAUCAUACUAUUAAUGUGUAAUGUAAGCUCUUUUAGAUGUAUCCAUGAAUACCAUGAAUAAUCCUGGAACAAUAUUGCUUGUAUCCCUGUCAUAGAACAGGUUUUGUAAUCUUUAAAAGAAAUGAAAAUUUAUAUAAUAAAAUUUCAAAUAAAUGCAUGUAUGUCCCUUU